AGAAGAAUAUUGGGUUCUCUUGUUGAAAAUGGAAGAUAUGUUGUUUUAUUCCAGUCAUCUGGUUUAUAAAAAAAAAAUCCUCUCCAAGUCAGUCAAUAGCAAACUUUGCAAAGAGAAGAGGUGUGUCAGUAUGAUGUAACGCUGACGAUGAUUUACAAAAAAAAAAAAAAAAAAAGUAGAAGAAACUAUCAGUUUUGACAGUGCUAAAGCCUAAAAGGAUCUACGAAAAUGUCAGCGGGCCAGUUUGAAUCGCUGGAGACAACUCUGGAGACCUACAUUCCAGAAGCUGACCUGAAGGAGGUCAAACGCAUCUUGUAUGGCAAGGAGACCAAGUUGCUGGACCUCCCAUCAUGUGCACUGGAGGCUGCACAAGCAGCUGAUUUUGAGUUGAAAGGCUACAGCUUUGAAGCUACUGAGGAGCAGCUGAGGCUCCCCAGAAGGAUCCGAGUGGGGCUUAUUCAGCACCACAUUGUUCUGCCCACAGAUGCGCCCAUUCUGGACCAGGUCAACGCUAUGCACAACAGGAUUGGUCAAAUAGUCGAAGUGGCAGCUAUGUGUGGCGUGAACAUCAUCUGCUUUCAGGAAACUUGGACAAUGCCGUUUGCUUUCUGCACCCGUGAGAAAGAACCAUGGACAGAAUUUGCAGAGUCUGCUGAAAAUGGAAAUACAACACAUUUCUGCCAAGAGUUGGCCAAAAAAUACAACAUGGUGAUUGUUUCUCCAAUUCUGGAGCGCGACGAAAUGCAUGACACUCUGUGGAACACGGCAGUGGUGAUAUCCAACUCUGGAAAUGUGCUAGGGAAGAGCAGGAAGAAUCACAUCCCCAGAAUUGGGGACUUCAAUGAGUCAACAUAUUAUAUGGAAGGUGACACUGGCCACACGGUGUUCCAGACGCAAUUUGGGAAGAUAGCCAUCAAUAUCUGCUACGGGCGCCAUCACCCCCUUAAUUGGUUUAUGUACAGUAUGAAUGGAGCUGAGAUUAUCUUUAACCCGUCAGCUACUGUUGGUGCCCUAAGUGAACCUAUGUGGUCUAUUGAGGCCAGGAAUGCAGCCAUUGCAAACCACUGUUUUACCUGCGCUAUCAAUCGAGUUGGGACAGAGCAUUUCAAAAGUGAAUUUACAUCUGGUGAUGGAAAAAAAGCUCACCAUGACUUUGGCCACUUCUAUGGAUCCAGUUAUGUAGCCGCUCCUGACGGAAGCCGCACCCCAGGGCUUUCUAGAACUCGUGAUGGACUGCUGGUGGUAGAGAUGGACCUCAACCUGAACCGCCAAAUCAGUGACAAGUGGAGUUUCAAGAUGACUGGGCGUUACCCCGAGUAUGCCGAUGCUCUCACCAAGGCUGUAAGACAUGACUUCCAGCCUCAAAUAGUCAAGGAAUAGAUUAAAUCAAAAAUUAAACAAAACUUCACCAAAGAAGUUCUCAACUGGUGUCAACAUUUGGUCAUUAGGUUCUGGCCUUUGUUAAAGAAUCAUGUUGUUUAAAAAAAUGUCCUGUUUUUACACAUUCUUGUGUAAAUAUAUAUAUAUAUAUAUA